AUGACUCAAACUGUCUUACUUACCGCUCCUACUGAGUACCGCCAUGAGUCGGUUCCAUUCGACCCGGCCGUCGACACUGAAGAUUCACCCCCAGUCGUCGACAGCAUCCGGGCCGCAGAUAGUACGCUGAAAGUGUACACCCGGUCAUCCCCCAACUACGAGGCUCUCCGCGGCCUAUACAACAAACUCAUCACGGACCAGCCGCUCGUCAUCUGCCGACCCCAAACCAUCGAACAGGUCCAGAUAAUUGUGCGCGCCGCCCGAUCCGCCAAUCCACCCGUACCCCUGGGCAUCCGCUGCGGCGGUCACGACGUCUACGGACGAGGCUGCAUCCCAGACAGCGUCAGCAUCGACAUGCGCGAGCUGGACCACCAAACCUUGUCUAACAAUCUCCAGUCCAUCCGACUCGGCGGCGGCGUAACCUCACAGAACCUCGUCGGCUUUCUGGACACUCACGGGCUCUGCACGGCCAACGGGACGGCGGGAAACGUUGGAUGGACGGGAUGGGCCGUGUGGGGCGGGUACGGCCCGUUCAACGACUAUGUGGGGCUGGGAGUAGAUAAUAUACUUGCUGCGACGUUGGUGCUCGCUGAUGGAUCGGUUGUCGAGGCAGAUCCGGGAUCGGAGCUCCUGUGGGGCGUGAGGGGUGCGGGGGGCAGUUUCGGGGUUAUUGUCGAUGUCACUGUUCGUGUGUAUCCGAUGCCCGUUAUCCUAGCAGGCUUCAUCGCGUACCAGUGGGAGGAGAGCGAUAAGGUGCUCUCGGGUCUACAGGAUAUGCUGGAUCAGGGCAUCCCCGAUGCAAUGUGUCUGCAGAUGGGCUUUAUGAAGACCAAAUGGGGGGUGGGUAUGAGCCUAAUCUUUGCAUGGCCCGAUUCGGAGUCCCUCGAGGAGGGGCGGACAUGGCUCGAGGCCGUGAGGAAGCUAGGCGCUAUCCAGGUGGAUACUGUUGCAGAAACCACCUUCAAGGCCUUCCAGGGUAUCACCACCCGAGUGGUUGACGAGCCAGUCAACUACUCCGAGGCGAUCCCCGAUGGUCGCCAGUACAACGUGAUUGCACACAUUGGACACGGUAAAAGUACACAACCGAACCCCGAUUCUUCAUUUGCCACACGCGAACCUCACGUGCUGUUUCACAUCAACGCCUGCGACGAGCUAGAACGCAUGGGCGAGGCAAAAGCCUGGGUCGAUGGGCUAAUGAGGGAACUGAAUGCUACGGGCCAAGCGCUGAAGCCCGUAUACGUAAGUUUCAUGGGCAAGGACGAGGAUCCUCGCGACAGCUUUGGUCCGAAUUGGGACCGGUUGCAAACUCUGAAAAAUUCAGUGGACCCUGAGAAUGUCUUUCGUUUCCCGUAG